AUGACAUCAUCAUUUGUGUCUAAGAAUGCUCUAGAGCCAAUAGCCAUUAUAGGUGUAGCUUGUGAAUUCGCAGGUGAUAUACAUACUGCAAAUGAUUUAUGGAAUGCAUUGAAAGAAAGUCGAGAUGUUGGAAGUACAAUACCACGUGAUCGAGUUGAUCUAACAUCAUAUGCUGCUCAUAUGCUUAAUAUGGAUAAUGGACAACUUCGUGCCAAACUACUUCGCGGUGGAUAUUUUCUAUCGAAUAACCAAUGGGACAUGUUUGAAGCAAGUUUCUUUGAUUUAUCGGAUGCUGAAGCUGGCAGUAUUGACCCUUGCCAUCGAUUAUUAAUGUUAAAAUUUGUUCACUUAAUUGACGACGCUGGUUACAGUAUUGAAAAAAUUAAUGGUACACGAACGUCUGUACACAUUGGACAAUUUUCAACAGACCAUGCUACUACAUCAACUCGAAUGGAACCUGAAUAUCGAUCAAGAUUUCAUGGGCCAAAUAGUUUACUAUAUAAUGCAGCAGCUCGAAUAGCUUAUCACUUUAACUUGCAAGGUCCAAAUGUAUCGUUAGACGUUGCUUGCUCAUCGUCAUUAGAAGCUAUACAUUUAGCCGUACAAAGUCUUCGUACAAACGAAUCUGAUAUGGCUGUAUGUGGUGGAGUUAAUGCCCUGUAUGCACCAGAAAAUUUUUUACAAAGUUCAUUGAUUGGCGCGCAAUCUCCGGAGGGACGAAGCCGUUCGUUUAGUGCUGAUGCUAAUGGUUAUGCAAAGGGUGAUGGCCUUGGUCUCCUAUUGUUGAAGCGAUUAAGUGAUGCUGAGCGUGACGGAGACCGCAUAUAUUGCGUUCUUCAUGAUAUUCUUAGUAGUCAUGAUGGAAACGAAGACAAAAAUAAUUUUGUCGUACCAUCGGGUGCCGGACAAGCACGUUUACUAUCAAAUAUUUACGGACGAACAAAUUUUGAUCCUAGGCGUAUUUUUUAUGUUGAAGCUCAUGGCACUGGUACACCAGUUGGCGAUCCUAUUGAAGCAAAUUGUUUAGGCCGAUUUUUCAACCGCUCACAACUUGAUCCACCAUUAUUAAUCGGUUCGAUUAAAAGUAACAUCGGACAUACUGAAGGAGCAGCCGGUGUUGCAUCGCUCAUCAAAAUUAUUAUGUGCAUGCAUCAUCGAAGUAUUCCAUCAAAUAUGUUAUUUACAUCGUUGAAUCCAAAAAUUGAAGCACAGCGUUAUAAUAUUCAUGUUGUUCAACAUCAAGUACCAUUUCCAUCAAAAACUGAAGAUGAAAAUAAUAGACAACCUGUUGCUCUGUGUGUUAACUCAUUCGGUAUGGGUGGUACAACUACACAUGCUAUCGUUGAGGAAUAUGUACCAAAGGAAAAACCUAUUGUUAUGAAUGGGUUUGGAAGAGAACAUCAGAUGUGUAAUGGGAAUCAUAAUGAGAUAAAACAAUAUUUUAUAUUUAUAUUCUCAACAAAAACCCGCGAAUCUCUAAAUUAUCAAAUAAAUGAAUUUAAUCAAUGGUUAUAUAAAAAAGCAUUCGCUGAUAUUGAUGAUGAUUAUGUUUUUCUUCAACGCACUUCUCAACUACUUCUUCUUCGACGAACAAUUAGUUAUAAGCAUGCAGCCGUUUUUGUGUUUGCUAAUCGUAAACAACUUCAAGAACAAAUCGAUGCAUUUCUUACUGAACAAGCUUUUUCGGGUCUUUCCGUCAUAGUACGUCCAACAGUACCGACAACAAAAAUAUGUUUCGUUUUUAGUGGACAAGGUCCUCAAUGGUGGGCGAUGGGUAGGCAAUUAUACGAAAGUGAACCUAUUUUUACUCAAUGGAUUCAACUAAUUGAUGCAGAAAUGAGUAAAAUUAAUAACGGUGAAUGGCAACUGCUCAAAGAAUUGUUUGAAACAGUAGGUGAAAAAGACUCACGUAUUAAUGACACAAAUAUUGCCCAACCAGCUCUAUUCGCUAUUCAAGUUGCUCUUGCAGCUUUACUUGUCUCAUGGAAUAUUUAUCCAUCCAGUAUCAUAUCGCAUAGUGCAGGAGAUCAAGCAGCUUGUUUUGUUGCUGGCCGUUUAACUUUACAAGAAGCUGUACGUAUUGUGUAUCAUCGAUCACGCCUGCAAAAUCGAAACACAAGACAAGGCGGUCGUAUGUUAGCCGUUUCAAUGUCUGUAAACGAAGUGAAAGAAAAACUUCUGAAAGAUAUUGAGCACCUUGUUGAUAUUGCCGUUGUUAACAGUUCUCGUUCAGUAACAUUGAGUGGAGACGAAAAAACCGUUGAUGAAUUACAAGAGAUCCUUUCAACAUUGUAUCCAAAUGUUUUCAAAGCGCGUCUGCGGAUUGAAAACGCAUUUCAUUCGUAUCAAAUGGAUCGGUUUAAUAUCGAAAGUGAAAUGCUUUCGUCACUAAAAGACAUUCGAGGACUUCCUUUACAAGAUUCCAAGCUAAUGUUUAAUCCCAUAUGUGCACAAGCACAUCUCUAUUCAAGUGUCACUGGUAAUGAAUUAAAUGAUGAAACGCCAGUUGAUGCUCACUAUUGGUGGACAAAUGUACGAAGCUGUGUUCGAUUUCAUGAUGCUAUGAAAUGUAUUCAGCAGGGUGAUGAUGCAAAUAUUUUUCUUGAAAUUUCACCACAUCCAGUGUUGGGAACGUCUAUACGAGAAUGUUAUGAAUUAAUAAAUCUCCAAUCACCACUCAUACUUCCGACGUUGAAACGAAAAGAAAAUGAACAAAUAACAUUACUUACUAGUUUAGCACAGAUGACAACAUCGGAAGAAAUCUGGAAAAAAUAUUUUCAUACUCGUAAUAUUUCCUUUUCAGAAAAUCAAAAUCGUUAUUUCAAUGAGGAAAAACUAUUCGAUGAUUUUCCAUUAUAUAAAUUUAAUCUUACGCCAUGUUGGUAUGAAUCAAAAGAAUCAGUCAUGAAACGUUUAGCUGAUCGUACUUCUAAUCAUCCAUUACUUGGUGUUCGACAAUUAACUGAACAUUUGAAUCCAACAUGGAGAAGCCUAAUCAAUAUUAAUCUACCCGAAUACGCUUAUUUGAAAGAUCAUCGAAUUCAAGACGCUAUUCUUUUUCCUGCUGUUGCUUAUCUUGAAUUGGCAAUAGCUGCUUGCCAUGAGAUACUUUCAUCGUCAACGGUUAAGAAACAAUUUACAAUCGUCUUUGAACAAAUAAAAUUCGUUAACGCACUUAUUCUAACUGAACAUGAAUCAACAGAAAUAUUUACUCAAGUCAUUAUGCCCAUGCGUCAAUGGUAUAUUUAUAGUCGACCAUGGUCGGCUGCUGGCUCAAAUUGUAUGAGAACAUCGGGUAUGGCAAGCAAUGAUAUUCUUAAUUCAUUUCAGGACCAAGAAAAACUUAAUCAAUAUUCACUAAAACAAUUUACUUUACAUGCACAUGGACAAAUCGAAAUAGAUUAUCAAAAUAAUGAUCAACAGAAAUUCAAUAUUUCAUCACGCAUCAAUCUAACUUCUCAAACGUGGUCAACAAAUGAACCAAGAGAUGUGUAUCUACAUUUACUCACACGUGGCUAUCAAUAUGGAAACUCUUUUCAGAACGUUCAAUCAUUACGUGGUACAACAACAAACGUAACUGCGCAAAUCAAUAAUUCCGAUGAAAUUAACAAUAUUUCUUCUUAUUAUUUAACUCAUCCAUCGAUAUUAGAUACUUGUUUCCAUCCAAUUUUAGCUUUAUUGCCUGAUAACGAAACAACAUUUCUACCAAUUAGUAUUCAAAAAUUUAUAGUUCAAAACAAAUCAAAUAUUCGUCUAUCUCAAUAUAGAAAUAUAGAAAUAUGUGGAUAUUAUCAUGAUAAUAUAUGUGGUUUAGAUCAAGAAAAGACAUACACUGCUGAUAUGGUUGUUAUUCCAAAUGGUAUGCAAAUAGAUGACUCAAUAUAUAUUUUCCAAGGUAUGUCUAUCCAACAAGUACAAGGAACACAAACUGGUCGAUGGAAAUUAGAAAAAACUUUAUUUGAAAGAUUAAAUUCAAUAAAUGAUUUACCAAAUAAAAAUGUCAAAAACUAUUGUGAUACAAUAAUGAAAGAUUAUUGUAUGGCACGAAUAUGGAACGAAUCAGAAAUAGUAACAAAUUUAGCUACUUUAUUUCCCUCGACAGAAGAAUUAAUUUACAAUACAAAUCUAAACGACAUUAGCAAUCGAGAUUUGAUCGAAUCAAUCAAACCACUCAAUGAAUUAGCCGCUUGUUAUGCACAAAUGGCACUAAAAGAUUUGAAUUUUAAUCUUAUUAAUCAACAAUCUUACCCGUUACUAAAUGCGUGUCAAUCUUUUAGUUUACUUUGUAAUAAUGAACAAGUAACAUGGCAUUCAACACAAGUUCGUCUUUCACAAUUAAACAAUCAAUUCCCUCGCCUUAAACCGCUGUUAAAAGCUUUAAAUGAUUGUGGUUCUCGUUUGAAAGAGAUUUUCUAUGGAGAACAAACUGAUAUCGAUGUGUUUCUUAGCAACACAGAAACUGAAGAAACAUUUCAGCAGAUCAAAUCUAUUGUUAGUUCAUUUAAAACGCAAGAAAUAUUUCGUAUUAUAACUCAAUAUUUCCUUCGAUUGCGACAAGGUUCCCUUCGUAUUCAUCAUUUACGUAUAUUUUGGAUAAGUGAUAAUGAUUGUUCUGACAUUCUACCUAUUCUUGAUCUUCUUCAUAAUUUAUCGAGAGAAACAAAUUUACGGAUAGAUUUACAUUGUGUCAAUUCAGAUUCUGCUCAACUAAAACAAGCUGCAGAAAUCUUUGAAAAAUAUUUUAAUGAUCAUCAAAUAACUGAAAUAUCUAUGAUAUAUGAUCAUGCAAUUGAUUUAUUCAAUAGCGAAACAUUAGUAAAACUUCCAAUCGAAUCAUUUGAUAUUAUAUUUUCAUCGAAUCAAUUUCAAAUAAGCAACGAAGAAGAAUUAAAACAGUCUCUAGUUAAUCUUCGUCGUCUGUUAAUUCCCAACGGUUAUCUUAUAUUACUUGAAUUGACUAAAGAUAUUCCUCUUUAUUUUGAUCUGAUUUUUGGUUUAAUUGAUCAAUGGUGGUCAUCUACCGAUAACACUCGUUCUGGAUAUAAUGCACAACAAUGGAUUCGGAUCUGUAAAGAAAUCAACGGAUUUUCGAAUAUUCAGUUAGUCCCAAGUGAAUAUGAAAGUACAAUACUUCUAUGCCAAAAAAGUCAAUCAAAGCAAAUAUUGAAAACACUUGAUGAAAGAAGUUCUCAAGUAUGGCUUCUUUUUACUGAUGAAAAUGAUGAAAGUUUUGGUUAUUAUUUAAAACAAUUUCUACCAUCGUCGAAUGUUCGAAUUUUUAGCAUACGUGAUGCAAAUUUGAAGAAAAUUUCUUCGAUAAUCGAAGUAAUGAUAAUGACGUAUAAACAAUUAUAUAUUGUUUUUGCUUGGUCACUUGAGCAAAUCCCACUCGAUAUAAAUCAGCAUGAUAGAAACGAUUUUGCAUUCAAACAACUGGAGGAAACAAUAUGUGGAACAAUAUCAUCAAUUCUCCGAUCAAUACAAAUACUUUCACCUGCAUUUUAUCCGUUUAUAUAUGUUCUUACACAUAACUCUCAAUUAAAUCUUAAUUCAAAUUGUAAUGUGAUUUCAUCACCACUUAUUGGUCUUGUUCGAAGUUUAAUGACUGAAUAUGAACGAAAUCGAUUAAAGCUAAUUGAUUUGCAAGCAUCAUCUUUAACAUUAAUUCAUCAGGCACAGUUUGUUCAAGUUUUAGUUCAAUAUAUGAUCGAUUGUCGAUCUUUCAAUCAAACUUGCGAAAUUGCUCUUCAGUUUGAUACAAAUUCUAAUCAAAUUAAACAUUUAACAUGGCAUUAUGAAAUGUUACAACAACGUGAUGAUAAUUUGGACAAAAAUCAAUCAAAGAAUCUUUCUAUUAUUCCUCGGAAAGAUGCUGAUCAGCAUCCAUUUCGUCUCUGUGUAGCAUCAUCUCGUUUUCUUGGCGAUUUAACAUGGGUUGAGGAGAAUAGAUUGAAAGAUUUAUUGCCAGGUCAAAUAGAAAUUCGUGUUGGAAAUGUUGGUCUCAAUUUUCGUGAUGCACUUAAAGUACGUGGUCUUUAUCCACAUACACGAAUAUUUGCACAGCCUGAUCAAGAUCAACCACAUGUUGAUCGAGAUACGGAGCCCGGAUCAGAUUUUGUUGGUACUGUUGUCCGUUCCUGUCCUACUACUCAAUUUCGAGUGGGAGACAUUGUUUUAGGUAUUUCUGCUAGUGGUGUAUUCCAUUCACAUAUUAUUGUUGACUCCUUAAAUGUCGUACGUAUACCAGCAGAAUGUCCUCUUACUUAUGAACAACUAUCUGGUAUGUCUAUCCCCUGUAUGACGGUUAUUUAUUCACUUAAAUAUCGUGUAAAUCUUCAACCUAAUCAAACAAUCCUCAUUCACGCUGCGUCUGGAGCCGCUGGUCAAAUUUGUAUUCAAUAUUGUCAAUUGAUUGGUGCUCGAAUUUUAGCGACGGCAGGAACUGACGAGAAGCGACGUUUCCUUCGUGAAUAUUACGGUAUUGAACAUGUAUUUAACAGUCGAAAUAUGAGUUUUGUUACUGACGUACAACGUAUUUUACCGAAUGGCGUUGAUGUUAUUGUUAACUCUCUAUCGGGCUCAUUUUUGAAAGAAACGAUGAAACUACUCUCCUAUCAUGGUCAUUUUAUUGAAUGGGGUAAAAGAGAUGUUUUUGGCAAAUCGGAUUUAUCAGUGUUUGACUUACGUUCGGAUUGUUCUUUUCAUGUUAUUGAUUUUAUGUCACUUGUUGCUCAAAAAUUAGAUAUUUCGAGAAAAUUAUUACAAGAAAUGAUGGAUUUAUUUGUUCAACGUAAAUUAAAAGCAAUUGAACCAACAGUUGUUUACGAGCCAAAUCAAAUAAAUGAAGCUUUAAUUAGAUUAAAUAGCGGUAUAACUAUGGGCAAAACUAUUGUUCGUUUAACUUCAUCUGAUCAACCGUUAUUAAUAAAAACUAAACAAUCUGAGCAACAGAUUUCAUUUAAAGACAAAAGUGACGGAAUAUUUUCUUGGAAUGUCUGCAACCAAGGAACAAUUCUUAUAUCUGGUGGUUUUGGUGGUCUUGGUUUAACAAUGUCUCGUUGGAUGAUAGAAGAACGUGCAGUUAAACGUAUAGUACUUAUGAGUCGUCGAACACUCAUUGAACUUGAACAACCAUCAAAUCCUCAAUAUGAAGAUUGGUUACGAUUAAAACAAAUUGUAAAUAAAUACAAUGCUCAUGUUGAUGUUGUUCAAGCAGAUGUAACAAAUUUUCAACAAGUUUAUAGUUUAAUUGAAAAAAUCAAUCAAACUUCUUAUCCUGUUCGAGGAAUUUUUCACAGUGCUGUUGUUUCAGAAGAUCGUACUUUAAUAAAUAUGACCCAAGAUCAUCUUUCACGUGUUUUACCACCAAAAGUUCGUGGUGCUUGGAUCCUUCAUCAAGUUGUACAAUUAACUCACUCACCUAUUCAUUUUUUUCUUAUGUUUUCAUCGAUACGAAAUCAUUUACUUGAAGUCUCAUCAGCUGGUUAUAAUGCUGGAAAUCAAUUUCUCGAUGCACUUGCUAAUUAUCGUAUGAGCGAACUCCACUUACCAGCUCUUUCAAUUAGUUUACCAGCUGUUAGUGGUGCUGGUAUGUUCCAUCGACAUAAAGAUGCACUUAUAUCUCUACAAAAAACACAAGGUUUUGAGUUAGUUCCAACAAAAGCUGUUUUCGAAUUAAUUGAACGUGUUCAUGAAUAUCAAAAGAUAUCUUCAUAUCCUGUUAUUUUCGCUGUCAAUUGGCAAACAUUAUAUGAAAAGCGUCACAACUUAGCAACAACGUUUUUAACUGAAAUUGUUGAAAAACGUUACAUUGAAAUGAAACUUAAUGAAAUAUCAUCGACAUCUUCAGAAAUAAAUAAUACCAAAAAUAUUGAUUUUAAUCAAAAAGAAAAUAUCAUUGAACGAACACGAGCAACUGUAGCACGACUUUUAGGUGCACCCACUGUUGACCGUAUAAUAAUUGAUAAAUCACUUGUUAGUCAAGGUAUGGAUUCAUUGGGUGCUGUUUCAUUAUACAAUUGGUUAGGACAGGAAACAAGUAUUUUUAUACCAAUAGCUGAUCUUCUACAAGGACUUUCGAUUGAAGCAAUUGGAACGAUCAUUUAUGACAAAUUAAAUGAGCGGCGACAACAACAACAAGUUAAUUUAUCGACUGUAGAAGAAAAUGAUGAAAGCUUUGAUGAUUUUAACGAAAAUAAAGUUAAAUCAGCUACUUCAUCAACAUAUACUGGUGUAGAGAACGUUAUUUGUCUUCAAAACUCACAACAAAAUAGCAAUUUACAUAUUCUUUUUUGUAUUGCUGACAUGUCAACAAAUGAUAAUUUUAGUGAUCACUCAAAAUUCCUGAUCAAUAAAUCAUCGAGCCAUGAACCUAAUGACAAGCUGCUCUCAAAUAAUACCAUCUAUAUGUUACGAGUGCCUUUAACAACGACAUCGUCUGACACUGACAGGGUGUCCAUAUGUGCUCGAGAAAUGAUUUCACAAAUGCGCCGUAUUCAACCUCGUGGACCUUAUCAUAUAGUGGCUUUUCGCGACAGUCAAGAACAAAACAUUGCUCAUGCAAUGUCAGAACAAUUGAAAAAUUACUCUAAUAUGGUUAAUGUACGAUUAGUUCUCUUAGACGGUCAACUUUAA